AUGUACUCGUUACAAAUUUGUACAAUCGCGAUACUACUCGUAAGUGUCUACGCAUAUGUACCUUACGGCACUUGGAACAACAACAGAGAACAAUCGUGCACGAAUUGCGUAUGCGGAGCUCCAGUGAGGAACCGAAGAGUAAUAAACGGAAAGCCAGCCAAUCGUAUCGAUUACCCAUGGGUGGUCAUCCUCAGGAAAAAUGGAUACUACAAGUGCACCGGAAGCUUGCUGACACCUAGACAUGUUAUCACAGCUGCUCACUGCUUGGUGGACUCCUAUGCCCAGCAAUUCCAAGUUGCAGCAGGACGUUACAACGUACCUGGGUACGAUGCCAGCGAGAAACAGUACAGAGUGAGAGCACUCCAUGUACACGAGUACUAUAAUUCCAAGAAUUUCGAUAAUGAUAUCGGUAUCAUGGAACUGGAGUCUCCAGUACAGCUGAACGACGACAUGCAAUUGAUUUGUCUGCCUGGAGAGAGCCACGUGGACUACUCAGGAUUGGUCGGCACGGUGGUCGGAUGGGGUAGAACCGACAAGAAUUCCGGAAACGUCUUCAACACUUUGCAUACCGGUGAUGUUCCCAUCUUAUCAACGGCUCAAUGUUCUCGCAGUCUGUACUACCAAGGACAAGUGACGCAGAACAUGAUGUGCGCUGGUUACCUGCAAGGUGGACGAGAUGCUUGCAUCGGGGAUAGCGGUGCUCCUCUUCAGGUGAAGAGAGAACAUGGCAGCUACGAGCUGGCGGGAGUCGUCUCCUGGGGAAUCGGCUGCGCUGAUCCAGGAUAUCCAGGAGUGUACACGAGAGUCACGAAUUAUUUGGACUGGAUCAGAGCUCGCACAGGAAAUGAAUGUCCUUGCAGACCCCACUCCGACACUUCCAGUUUGCUGAACCUCUGAUCACCGAAUCUUCCCUACGGGGUAAAUUAUGUUAAUUUUACCGGAUACACCUCUGCGAGGUGGGAUUACCUUGUACGUACAAUAAAUCG